UGCACAGACCCGCACAGACCACAACUAUAACCGAGGCUGCCUGUGUGCUGCUGGCUGAGGAUGUUGCAGUGACAGAGAGCAGUGCAGGCUUUACCUGCCCACACAACAGGUGUAGGCUACUCGUCAUCAUCUGCUCAGAGGGGGGCUGUCGCCACCAGGUAGGUUUCUACAGGUAAACGACCAAAGCAUCGUCCCCGGUGCUACCAGACAUCUUAAACUCCUUUCCUCCCGGGACCACUGAGAUGCACCGUUAACGUUUCGGCGGGACUUCCCUUUCGGACUCUGAGAUGAACUUAAAGUGGACAGUGAAACGAUUUCUUCUUAUGUCGUUUUCAAUCUCCCACUUGCUGUUUCUUGAGGGAGCCCAGAGCCGACUUUCAGUGGCAGAAGGAAGACUACAGAGGAGGGCUAAUGCACUUCGGAGGAAACGGGAUCUCCUCGGGGAGGAGGUUGGUACACUACACCUAAGGGAACCAGAGGAGACAUACAGACCGCUGCUGUCGGAGGGUACUCUGUCACGCAGCAUUUUACACAACUACACAGCCAGAGAUGCCUCUUCAGAAUAUUGUGGCUGCCUCAAUGGUGGCUGGUGUCAGGAGGACGGUGUGUGUGACUGUGCUCAGUUCCAGGCACUGGGAGACCGCUGCCAGAUCAUACCUAACCAGGGCCAGGAUAGAGACGGGAUCUGCAGGUCGUGGGGUCAGCACCACUACGAAACAUUUGAUGGAAUCUACUUCUAUUUCCCCGGGACCUGCUCUUAUAUUCUGGCCCAGGACUGCCACUCAGCUGCACCACAGUACACGGUGUGGGUCCACAACAGCAGAGUGUGUCGCGGAAGUGUUUAUUCAUGCCCAAGAGCUCUCAGUCUGUUCUUCCCAAAUGAGGACGAGAUCCACAUCUCUGGAUAUCAGGUCCACCAGGGAGGCCGCAGGUUAAGUCUGCCUCAGACUGUAGGCGGUGUGUUUAUUGAGCGACUGGCUGAUUACCUGCUGGUGAAGAGUGUGUUUGGCUUCUCUUUGGCCUGGGAUGGAGGCUCGGGCGUCUACCUGAAGAUGAGCGAGGAUCACCAGGGCGCCCCCUGUGGCCUAUGUGGGAACUUCAACCACAUUGCUGGCGAUGACCUCACCACUUCCCGUGGCAUUCGGACAGAUGAGCCUGCAGUGUUUGCUAACAGCUGGGCGGUGGACCUGCCCCAUGAGAGAGCCUGUCCGUCAGUAGACCUCGACUUCAAUGGGGCCUGCCAUUCUGAGUCAGACAUGGAUGAUGCCAUAGAGAAAUGCAGUGCAAUUCUCUUCUUCCCAUUUCUGUCCUGUCAUGAAAACAUUGACCCGAAUCCCUUUGUGGCCAGCUGUGUGUCAGACCUGUGUGUAUCUGAUGACGAGGAAACGUUUUGUCGAGCCUUGGUUGAAUACACCCGAGCCUGCUCACAUGUUGGAUAUCCAGUAAGAGAGUGGAGAGACAGCUUCCCUUCUUGUAAUGAUGGCUGUGAGGAGAGUUUUGUCUACAGAGACUGCAUCAGUUGUUGUCCGCCCACCUGUACAUUUGAGAAAGAGUGUCUGGGAACCAACUUGCAUUGUCUGGAUGGCUGCUACUGCCCUGAUGGUCUCAUCCUACAAAAUGGAACAUGUAUCGCUGUUUCUCAGUGUCCAUGUGUUUACCAUGGCAGUUCGUAUGUACAAGGACAUGUGCUUCAACAAGGAUGCAGUGUUUGCGUGUGCAUGGGAGGAGUGUGGAACUGCACUGAGAACAACUGCACAGCGGAGUGUUUGGUGGUAGGUGACGUGUUUGUCACGACAUUGGACGGUAGGAUGUUUCUCCAGCCGGGGGCGUGUCAGUACGUCUUGGCAAAGAGCCGCAGCAGCAGCAGAUUCACCGUCACACUGCAGUACACUACCUGUGCAGAGCAUCAGGGGUGUAUUCAGUCGGUGACAGUGGUGUUGGAUGAAGAUGUGAGUCGUCAGAUCACUUUGACCAGAGAGGGGGAGGUGAUAAUUGGUGUCAACCCGGCGCCUGUCCUGCCCUAUGUUGAUGAUGCAGUGGAAGUGCGGAAGCUGACCUCUGUGUUUACACAGCUGAAGGCAGGGAUUGGUCUGAAUCUGCAUUAUGAUGGUCGAGGGGGGCGGGUCUAUCUGCAGCUGGACAGCCAGUGGCGGGGACACACGCUGGGCCUUUGUGGAACCUUCAAUGGAAAUCUACGAGAUGACUUCCUGUCCCCAGCAGGUAUGAUAGAGGGCACUCCUCAGCUUCAUGCCAAUGCUUGGAAGGUUUCAUCUGCUUGUGUCGCUCCAGUCAACCUGCCCAUCAUAGACCCCUGUGAGAUGAACCAGCACAAUGUAUACUAUGCGACCCAGUGUGAGGUGCUUGUGGGGAGUGUAUUCGCCCCGUGUCAUGGCUACAUCAGUCCAAACAUCUACCAGCAGCAGUGCCGCUACCAGGCCUGCCGUUGUGGGAGCAGCUGUUUGUGCACAGCACUGGCUCACUACACUUACCUCUGCUCUAAACACGGAGUCAACGUUAACUUCAGGUCACACGUCUCUGAAUGUGGAGUGGUGUGUCUUGGAGGCAUGCUGUACCACUCUUGUGUGUCGUCUUGCGGGCGGUCCUGCCGUGCUCUGUCUAGCACGGAGACGUGUAACCCUGAUGACUGUGCCGAGGGGUGUGGCUGUGCAGACGGCAGUUACCAUGACGAUGUGCGCCAGCGCUGUGUACAACUGUCACAGUGUCACUGUUACUCCAUGGGUGGUGUGUCACAGCCAGGGGAGGUGACCUUCAGCGCCUCUGGCCCCUGCCUGUGCAGAAAUGGGAAGAUGGAGUGUGUGCCAGAGGAAAAAGAGCCAGAUAGUGUCGAGGUCGGGGAGUGUCCAGAGGGGAAAGUGUACCACAGCUGCACCGAGCAGAGAGGAGGCGUUGCUUGUGCACCGACCUGCCGUAACCUGAUGUUGAACCUCACCUGCCCUCCCAGCACACCAUGCAUCCCUGGCUGUGUCUGCCCUCCUGGGCUGGUGCUGCACCAUAGCGAGUGUUACUAUCCAGAGAACUGCCCCUGUGCCUGGCUGGGCCUUGAAUACCUGCCUGGAGAAACUGUGGAAACAUCAUGUUACAAAUGCGUGUGUCACCGUGGCUAUUUUAACUGCACCUACUCACCAUGUCCAGCUGUGUGUACUGUCUACAGCGACAGACACUACCACACCUUCGAUGGCCUCGAGUACGACUACUACUCUGACUGUCAGGCCUACCUGCUUAAAAGUGCAGGAGAACCCGAGGUGUCCAUUGUUGCCCAAAACAAGGACUGCUAUGAGAGCGGCAUUGUGUGCAUGAAAAUACUGGUCAUUCACGUGGGACUUACCACGAUCUACUUCACCGACAACUCUGGCAACCCGAGUCCGUCCACUGUUGUAGGUCGAGGGUCAGAGUUCGAGCUUUGGAAAGCCGGCUACUACACUGUGGUCCACUUCUCCAAUCAGGACCUGACCAUCCUCUGGGACCGCAAGACAACUGUACACAUUAGAGUUGGACCUCAGUGGAAGGGCCUUCUCAGUGGGCUCUGUGGAAAUUUUGACAGUGUGACAGUGAACGAUAUGACCACCUCCAGCCACAUGGAAGUCAAUAACGCACAGACCUUUGGAGAUAGCUGGGCCCUGGGACAGUGUGAAAGCGACUAUGUAGUUGAGCGACCGUGUGAAGGCGACUUGGGCAGACAGCCGUACGCCAAAAGGGAGUGUGCUCUCCUCUACAGCGAUGUCUUUGCACCCUGUCACAACGUGGUGGACGUGGCCUGGUUCUAUAGGAACUGCCUGACAGACACUUGCAACUGUAACCGUGGGGGAGACUGUGAGUGUCUCUGUACAUCCAUCGCUGCAUAUGCACACAAAUGCUGUCAACAGGGGGUCACAAUACACUGGAGAUCUCCCUCUGUCUGCCCCUAUGAUUGUGAAUACUAUAAUCAAGAGCUAGGCGAUGGCCCAUUUUCCUUGGUGAGUGCUGUUUAUAAUGACACCAUGUUUGGAGUGAAUCGCACCAGCAGCUCAGUGUUUCCUCUGGUGAGAGAGAGACCAGGGCAGUUGCCUGCCCCAGGCCUACUGUUCAACUUCAUGAUCACAGCAGGCUUGCAGAAGGACAGGACAUCGCGCGUCCCUGUGGUGUCACUGGAGUCUGCAGAGAGACCAAACUAUUUCCUCGUCGUGUCAGGACGCAGCCGUCUCCAGUUGGAGCAGUGGAGUCGAGGGCCGGAGUUUAAUCGCAGGGCAACCUUUAUCCAGCACCAGGGGCUGUUUCUGCCAGGUCACACCUCAUUCGAGCUUGUCGGCCAACCUGGAAUCUUUCUGACACUGACACACACUGCUGCACGAGCUCAGAGAUACGACACCUCAGAGGGCUUCAAAGCCAGCAGCAGCUUCACACUGGAGGAGAGCAGUUUUGUGAUACCUUACCGUAUGAUGUGUGAGUGGCGCUACAAGUCCUGUGCUAGCCCUUGUGUCCACACGUGCAGUGACCCAGACGCCACCCGCUGCCAGUUCCUGCCUCCUGUGGAAGGCUGCUUCCCACGUUGUCCCAAGAGCAUGGUCCUUGAUGAGGUCACAAGAAGAUGUGUCUACACAGAGGACUGUGUGUCCCUUCCCCCAACUCCGACACCCUUUGCAUAUGUGACGCGGUCCAACUUAACUACUACAGCGCCACCAACAACUUCAACUACAACCACAACAACCACUACGACUACUACGACCACAAGGCCGAGAACCACAACCACCACUGCGACUACUACGACCACAAGGCCUAGAACCACAACCACCACUGCGACUACUACGACCACAAGGCCUAGAACCACAACCACCACUGCGACUACUACGACCAGAAGGCCUAGAACCACAACCACCACUGCGACUACUACGACCAGAAGGCCGAGAACCACAACCACCACUGCGACUACUACGACCAGAAGGCCUAGAACCACAACCACCACUACUACCCCAUCCACUACAUCCACUACCACAACCACCACCGCCACCACCAGAGCAACUGCUACCUCCUCCACUACUGUCAGGCCCACAACCACCACUACCACUCCCAGUACAACAUCACCCGCUGAGCGUGUGACCACUCCGCUCACCCCGUCUCCAUAUACAGUUGUUCCUGCUCCUCCCACCACUAUUGUUUCUACCACUCUCACUCCUUCACCCCCGCCAGAGCCGACCACUCUCAGCACGACUGAGAUGACCCCCACUCCAACUACGGUAACCACAGGGGUCCCUAUAACCACCUCCACCACAGCCGUGCCCUCCAUUGUAACCCCUGAGGCUACUACAGUCACCUCCACUUCUUCUCUUCCGUCCCCUACCACUCUUUCUUCCACCACCUCGCCCUCAACUACUACCUCCACCACCGUUACCACACCGUCAACACCAUCGCCAACAUCGCCAACAUUGCCAACAUCCCCAGUAACUUCCACCCCACCUCCUCCAACCUCCCCCUCCACACAGCCGCCACCCACCGCAGCCGUCACAACUGCCCCCACCUCCACAACUUCUGUCCCUGAAACCACCACAGAAACCACGACCACUCCUCAGCCUACACCCGCGGAUACAACCAUCGCCAUAGAGACCACCACCCCAACAGACAUCUCAACAGUUGUUGCGACAACCCCAGCACCAUUUCCUACAACCAUCGAGUCCACUACUGAGCAGAUAACCACAGAAAUAAUCCCAAGCCCUGACACCUCUCCUAUAACACAGGAAGCAUCAACCAGACAUCCUUUCAUCAUACCCACUACUCAUUGCACACCUCCGUACUCCUACCGCAUCGAUGAGUGUGCUGAGCUGAUCUGUUUCAAUGGAGAGCUGCUUCUUCACAACUCCUCUCUACACUGUCGCUACAACACCACCCAGCCCCAGUGCAGUCUGCUGGGCCUGCCCAUCCUCAUCAACACAGAUGCCUGCUGCCCACUGUGGCAGUGCCCCUGUCGCUGCACUGUGAUGUCAGACCUGCGUGUCAUCACAUUUGAUGGCAACAACGUGGCCUUGUACGAUAACGGCUCCUACAUCCUGGUUAACCUGCCCGGAGAGACUAUUAUUGGCACCGUGGAGAAAUGUCCGACCAGCCAGAGUGUAAACUCCAUCAGACGAACUAGUCCUACAGGUGGAACAUCUGGUCUGUGUUUUAAAAAGCUGAACAUUACUACCUCCUCCUACAGAAUCAUUAUUAACCGACUGGAUCGCAAGGUGACGGUAAACUACAGACCUGCUAGACUUCCAUACUCCCGUCACGCUCUCUACGUGGAAGACACAGGCAGCAUGUACCUGAUCCACACACCUGGCGGGGUCAGCAUACAAUGGUAUCACAGCACUGGCAUCAUGGUGCUGCAGUACAUCGCUCCUUAUAAUGCGUCUGUGCCCACUCGAGGCCUCUGUGGUUGUUGUGAUGGGAACCCAGAAGAUGACCUGAAGCUGCCCAAUGGUACGGUGGUCAGAGAGGUGGGAGACAUGGGGCUCUUCCUGCAGGCAUGGAGAGUCCACACCACGGAUGAAACCGAACACACGCGCAGAGUCGGAGACAACUGCACCAUCGAGGACUGCUCCACCUGUCUCUCCAUGCUCCGCCAGAGAGCAUUCAUGCCAUGCCACAGCAAGGUCGCUCCGGAGCAGUUCUGCGACAUCAUGUGGGCAGGGGACCUGCACUACAAGGAUCACCAGUGUGACUUUCUGGCGGCGUACGUGGCGGUCUGCUACACACAUCAAGUCUGCAUCAGCUGGAGACGACACAACUUCUGCCCAUUGCGGUGUCCCCCCGGCAAGGAGUAUCAGCCAUGUGUGAGCACCUGCGCCAGCCGCACCUGUCUGAACAGAGAGUACUACGAAGAGACCACCUGCUCCUUCAUCAGAGAGGAGUGUGUGUGCCGCAGUGGAACCAUCCUGCACCGCGCUGACUCCCCUUACUGUGUAACUGAGGAUCGCUGUGUGUGCACAGAUAAUGAGGGUAACCCCCGGGCCCCGGGCGAGGUGUGGAAUGGCUCUGCUCGCAGCUGCUGUCUGUACAAGUGUGUUGAGAAUGGCUCUGUGGUGGCUGUGGAGCCAGAAUGCAACUCUGUCCCUACACCGCUGUGUGAGAGGGAGGGAGAGUAUGUGCUGGAUGUGUUGCAAGAAGGAGCCUGCUGCCCAAAGAAGAUCUGUGAGUGCAACAUGACCAUCUGUGACAGCGAAGCUCCACCUUGUGAUAAUGGGAACAGGCUCGUGAUUGGUUACAGCGCUCUGUCGUGCUGCCCCGAGUACAGAUGCGAGUGUGACCCCAUGGCAUGCCCUCCUGUGUCUGCCCCCAACUGCAGGGAAGAUCAGUUCCUAGUGGAGGUCAGGGGGGCGAAAUCCUGCUGCUACUCUUACUUGUGUGUGUGUGAGUCGUGUAUUGAACCCAUUCCAACUUGUUCGCAUGGAGAAAUUCUGGCUGUGGAUCUAAACACCACCAACAGCUGCUGUCCGCAGUACCAUUGUGUGUGUGAUGUCAACCUGUGCCCUGAAUCAUUUGUGACCUGUGCACCUGGUCUCUCUUUGGUUCAAACUGCUGUCCCUGGACAUUGCUGCCCGCAGCACAACUGCGAAUGCCAAUGUGAGGACAGCUCUCUCCCCAUCUGUCAGGUGGGGGAAGUGCUGGUCGAGGUUCCAGACAGCAGAACCAACUGUGGCUGUCCUCAGCAUACAUGCCAGAAGGCAGAGGUGUGUCUUUUCCAAGGGGUAACAGUGCUGGGCCCAGGCCAGUCUCUGGUUCAGUACUUUGAAGGAGUAGAAGACUUGUGUUACACUGUCCACUGCCUGCAUCACAAAGAUCCAGACUCUGGUUUCUACGCCAUGGAAAUAACCUCCAUCAACUGCUCCCAAAAAUGUGGGCCACACCAGGUGUACGUAACGUCCACGGACCCUCAGGUGUGCUGCGGCUCCUGUAAAAAUGUCUCCUGUACUUUCACCAACGAAAACGGGACAAUGGAGCUUUUCGCUGCAGGGAGUUCCUGGGUGGAGAACUGCACUCGUUUCGACUGCAUGGAAACAACAGUGGGAGCGGUGAUACUUGCUUCUGGGGUUGUUUGCCCACCUUUCAAUGACACAGAGUGUGUUCAGAAUGGCGGUGUGGUUCAGAGCUAUGUGGACGGUUGCUGCAGGACAUGUAAAGAGGAUGGUAAGACAUGCAAACGUGUGGCCAUUCGAACUACCAUUAGAAAAGAUGACUGCAGGAGCAACGCACCGGUAACAGUCUAUUCUUGUGAUGGGAAAUGCCCGUCUGCCACCAUAUUCAACUUUAACAUCAACAGUCACGCCCGGUUCUGUAAGUGCUGCCGCGAGAGUGGACUGCAAACCCGCUCCGUCACGCUCUACUGCUCUCGCAACGCCACAGUCGUGGAGUACAACUUCCAGGAGCCUCUGGACUGUUCCUGCCAGUGGAACUAAAAACACAGUCCAGGCAGAAAAAUGACUGAGAGAGAAUGUAUGAAUGAAGGGAUAAAUCCGAUUUUUACAGUAUGAACAAGCAUGAAAACCAGCCAUGUUUCAUUUUAUUUGUCACCAUAGUACACUUUACAACACUGACCCUGAGUCGUAGUUGUAACUUAAAAGUAACUGAUGUAAGUGGGAGAUUGUUUUUAAGUAGUUUUGUCUGCACAUUAGUCUUUAUUUUCUUGAAGAACUGCUGUGCCAACCCAGUCAGCUUUCUAGUGCUUUCAAGUGGUGGUACGAUGCCAUUAGCCUCUUAUCCUACUGUAUAUUAACAAUUAAUAUCAUAUUGACACAGUUGUUGUUGCAUUUUUUAUAUCCGCUGUUGGGUUUCAAAUACUGUAUAUGCAUUUUGGUUUGUCUUAGGAGAUAAAAGUAGCCUUUGUACAAAUGAAAGUGUUGUGCUAAGCUGUGUUUUCCUUAGAAAAGUUUAACGAGUUUCUAAAAUGUGACCCUUGCGCUCUUUGUAGUUUCUGUAUUUUGAAGUAAAGUAGGGGAAUAAAAGAUUUAACAGUGUCUUUUUCUGAAUUAUUGCAAGACUGACUGUCCUCAUGACCUGCAAUGUGUCCUUUUAACUCACCCUUCGAGUUUUCUCUUUUAUUUCUUUUUAUUUUGAGUCUCAAACCCUUAUUAAACGCACCCACUCAUCCUG